AUGGCAGCAAAUAGCAUGCGUUCAUCCGCGCUCGUGGGCUUUUGGGGGCCGCCAACGUCCACUAUAGACUGGUGUGAGAACAACUAUGAGCAUAGUUACUACAUUGCCGAGUUUUGGAACACCAUCAGCAAUUCGCUCUUUGUACUACUUGGGCUCUAUGGUCUUUACCGCAGUAUUAAAAUGGGAUUUGAGCCGCGAUUUCACUUGCAAUUUAUUGGCGUUAUGGUCACCGGCUUUGGAUCAGCCAUGUUUCACGGUACACUGCAGCAUGUAUACCAGCAGUGUGACGAGACGCCCAUGGUGUGGUCCAUUUUAAUUUGGAAUUACAUUGUUCAUAACAACGAGAUUGAGCAAAUUCCAAUUAAGAACGCCAGCACUUACGUUAUCAUCCUUCUGACGAUAAUUGGGAUCAUUUUCACGGUGGUUCAUGCAGUGUAUCGGUUUACGACAGUCUUCCAAGUGUUCUUUGGCCUGUUGGCGGUAGUUGGUGCUGCACGUUUAUGUGUGCAUUAUACAGAGGUAAAGGAUCCAAGGGCUCGUGCGGUGGCGAGGUCUUACGUCACGUUUAGCCUUAUUGGUUUUGCACUGUGGAUGAUGGACUAUCACUACUGUCACAUCGUUCGUGGACUGCCCAUCAACCCACAAGGUCACGCAUGGUGGCACAUGUUUACUGGUAUCUCAACGUACUAUGGUCCAAUUUUUAUGCAAUAUGUGCGAAUGGAGCAGCUAAAGAAAAAGGUACACAUUCAGGACACAUACUUUGGCAUCAAGACGAUUGUAGUAGAAAACAAUAAUCCUAACUGUCUUGAAAAACCUAAGCAGAUUUAA